AGCGAACUUGUUUGCUCGGUAUGCGUUGUAAAAUUUAAAUCCUCCAGGGCGACAGAGGAAAAGAAAGAUGAGGAUUUAUUUAUUUCACAGAUGAAAUAAAACAAACGCGUGCACUUCCUGGUUUGCAGAAAAGUGAUCAAGCAGAAAUAUGAAGCGCACGAGACCACCGGAAGCACAGCAGCGCUCCAAGGGUUCCAUGUUGUGGAGCAGGGAAUUUGAUCACGAGUCCAUCAAUAGGAGGUGCAGCCACGGUUCUGUCUCCUCCACCUAGAAUGUGAAAUGGCCAAGCGAGAGAAUGCAGAGUCCAUCCCAACCAUCCAAGUCCUACAAACCCAGGGUUGGAGUGAAAUUCCACAUAUCACGGUUUAUACCAGAUGAGCGUUCCUUCAAACAAAGAUACAAGCCUGGUUUUGGAAACCAGAAGAGCCACCACUUUACCCAUCGGACAUACUUUCCAAAGAGAGAUUUCUUCCAGCAUAAAAAGCCACAGCUUCCACCGAGGGAGUGGAAGAGGAAGCAGUAUGAGGCGAAAGAGAGCACGGAUUCUGUUUCUCCUCCAAAACAAAACAGCACAGCUAGACCUUUCCAAUCAAGUUCUGCUUCCAGCAGAGAUGAGGACAAACACUUCACUCCUCCUCAGUAUGACAGGAACCCAAGUAGAGAGAGAGAUGAUAAGAAGAUUAAAAGCAAAGAUAAGGAACCAAAUAGAGGCCGAGAGGUUGCUUUAACUGCAAGCCAAAUGGCAGCACGAGACAGAGCCAUCCAACAGAAGAGGAAAGAGAUAGAUGAGGUGUACUAUCGGGAAUGUGCAACAUUUGGUCUGGUGGUGAAGAUGCUGAUAGAAAAGGACCCGUCGCUGGACCGUCCAAUCCAGUCAUCAUUGCAGAAGAACCUCAGGGACAUUGGCACACGCUGCGUGAAAGCCAUGGAGAAAUUUAUAGAAGACUAUGACUCCGGAGAGACUACUCAUUAAUCGGAUUCAGGCAUGUCUGCCUACUGAGCCCGUUGUUGCUGGGGUGAAUGUGAAGAGAAAGCAACCUGGGAAAUUGGUACUUCUAAAUGUAAUAUGAUUAACACACUCAACAGAGUGCAUGCCUCCACCAAGACCAGUCUGCAGGAUUUGGACCGGGAACAAAUUGCUGGAGAUUUUUCCCAUUUUUGCUGUCUCGUGUAUUAUCCAGUUUGUGUUUUUCUUAAAUUAAGACAGUAGGUUUUUAAUUAUGCACAAUCAAAGGCCUGGGGUUAAAGUGAUAAUUAAAACAGGGAUCUGCUUGUGAUUUAUCAAAUUUUAAUUGGUUUGUACUCUUAAUAACAAUAUCCAAUAAGUUUAUCGUGUUUUUUUGUUUUUGUUUUUUUGUUUUAAAGUAUUAUUAUAGGCGGCUAACAAAGUCCUCUUUGUCAAAGGUUAAAUGUACUGUAUUUAUGUCAUGUGGCCUAAAAGUGUAAUUCGUGUAACGUGUAUGGCAACAUAUUUUGAAUGAUUAUGACCUUUUUAAAAAUAAACUUUUUAUCAA